GGCGGUGGCGGCAGCGGGAGGCAGUUCCUGGUGGUGCGGCCCCGCGGCUCGCCGCUCCCGGGGGCGGCGGAGCGGAAACCCGCCUCCAGCCCGGAGAGAGCCCCGGCCAGGGCGGGGGGAGAUGCGCCUCGCCCUUCCCGACAACGCCAAGCCGCGGCCGUCCUUAACUAGCAAUUAGCUCGUCCCCAAGUCACUCACCACCCCCCCCUCCCCGCACCGGCAAGCACUGUCCCAUGCACGCUGACCCGCCACCGGCAGCAGCUCGCUAGCCGGCAGCCCACGGCUCCUCCCGCGCUGCUGGCGUGCGGGUCGCUUAAGCCAUGGGGAAUGGGAUGAACAAGAUUCUGCCUGGCUUGUUCAUUGGCAACUUUAAAGAUGCCCGAGAUGUAGAGCAAUUGAGUAAAAAUAACAUUACGCACAUUCUUUCAAUCCAUGACAGUGCCCGCCCUAUGCUCGAGGGAGUGAAGUAUCUGUGCAUUCCUGCUGCUGACUCACCCUCGCAGAACUUGGCAAGGCAUUUCAGAGAGAGCAUCAAAUUUAUCCAUGAGUGUCGACUUACAGGUGAAGGCUGCCUAGUUCAUUGCCUUGCAGGUGUCUCCAGGAGUGUAACGUUGGUGGUUGCCUACAUCAUGACCAUCACAGACUUUGGUUGGGAAGAUGCACUGUCUGUUGUCCGCGCAGCAAGAUCCUGUGCCAAUCCUAACAUGGGCUUUCAGAGGCAGCUACAGGACUUUGAAAAACAUGAUGUUGAUCAGUUCAGGCAGUGGCUGAAAGAAGAAUACGGGGAAAACUCUUCUCAGGAUCUGCAAGAAGCCAAAAAUCUUCUGAGCAAAUAUAAAGAGCAGGCAGAGUUGCAGCAGAAUACUGGAGGAAGACAGUGGAAUAACAACUUCUCAUCUGUGCCGUCUCUCUCAUACAGUAACUACACAACAGAGACCUAAUCGUAGGAGGUUGAUUUUUCUUCUUUCUACCUUUGAAAAACAUCUUGCCAUAAUUUCCAUCCCAUCUUCAAGACUCAGCAGUAAUCAUGAAAACAGUUGAUUUGUAGAAAGCUUCUUGAUGAAAAUACUACAUUAUGUGUGUGUGUGUGUGAGUGUGUUUCACACAGUUUUAUAAUUUGGGCAGGAUCAAGCUCUCUGUGUGUCCAGAGACGAUCCAGUUACUGUAGCUGAGCCAGUUUGUCAGCCGGCCACAGCUAUUAUCCCCUUAUGCCCACAUUGCCUGGCAUUUGCUGUGAGGUUAGCUCAACUCCUUUCAUUGUAGGCUAGCAAAGGGCUCUGAGAGAUGAAGUCUGGUGAUUCAAGCUGUGGCAGUUUGACGUCUCUGCACUAUUAACGUGGCAAAAAUGUUAUUGCACCUGAAGAAGGGAACUCAAGUCCGUGUCUCUGCUGCUCCUGUUCGCAGUCCAUUGGCAGGUAAUACUGUGGGGGUGGGCUUGAACUUGAAUGCUAGGCUGCAAACUGGAGCAGGCGAGAUAUGGGUACGCGUACCUUUCUACCAACAGUAGCAUCUAGGAGAGAAGUGGGACAGACAGCUCUGAGUAAUAACAUCUUCAACUGCCACAGCUGUACUUGCUUCAGUGCACGUGAGACAGAGCUGUCGGUAGAACUGCCACAGUCCAAGAGCACUGAGACUGUUACACAGCUCAGCUGAUGUGCAGUGAUUUAAGCCGUGGUCCCUUGAUUGUGCAUCUGGUCUCCCAACAUAAGCUUCUCUGGAGAAUAGUUUAUCAGGUCUCCAGUGCCGCUGAACUUCAUUCCCCGUGGAACACGUGCCUCUUCAACACACGCCCCUGCGCACAUGAUAACGUGUCUCCAAAGAGUGGGCUCAGUGUGAGUGCGAGCACCUGUUUCUUUGCUUGUGCUGUGGUUUGCUCUUUGACUUCAGCUACCUCAAAAAUGCUGUUCUUGUCAUUGUGGUUGUAAAUGCAACCUUGAAAAUUGCCUUGUGUAAUCUUAAUCUGACACUGAGUGAAGUAAGUGGGAGGGGGUGUGUGUGUGCGAGUGUGUGUGCGCAUGUAUAUUUCACAAAUGUCUGUACUUGAGAGUUCUAUUGUUUUCUUUUAAAAUUGCCCAUAUUUCUCACUGGUUUAAAAAUUGAGUUGUUUGACUUCAACUUUCUGCCAUUUUAAAACCACUAUAUAUUUUGCGGUGAUCAGAUUUGUAGGAAUGUCUUUGUAAAAUAUAUUUUAAACUAGGUUAAAACUAGGGUCUGUAUUCUGCUCUUGGUAACAUUGUGUGUUUCUGGAAUGGAGCCAUUGCCUGACUCAAGUGUAUUCGAAGAGUGUAACUUCAAAUAUGUCACCAGGGAUGCUGGGCAGCGUAUUGAUUUCCAGUCGUGUAAUGGGGGGGUGGCACUGAUGCCAAGAUCAUGGUUUCUUAUCUUUGACUCAGAGGAUGAAAGGCCUGUUUUUCUUGAAGAUUCCAGAAAAUAAAAAACACCUCCCAAUCAGCCAGGAUAUUUAAAAAAGAGAAACAAAAAACCCCCCUCACUUGUUUAAGUGUGGUGUGUAUAUCAUGCUAAAAGCUGAGCACUGAGCGAGAAGCAGUCAGCAUACUAAAUAGGCUGUUGUCUCUUUCAAUUUCUUUGAUACUCUGACCUCCCAUCCCUUCAUGAAAUUCUUCUUCAGGUGAUUUCCUGCUUGCUUUGGGUGGCAGUGAAUUCUUUGGAUGGGAGCAAGGCUUUUGGGGUCAAGUAAGCUCUGGCUGUUUAAUAUCUGUUGUUAAGUAUCUUUAAAAAAAUAUGUUAUGGCUUGUGAAAUAUGGAUCUUGCAUAUCAGUAAUUGCCAAAAAGGAAAAAAAGGGAAUGGGGUGGAACCGGCUUGACCGUUUCAUCUGAGUCCAGGCCUUCAUCAGGGUUCUCAUUGCACUAAGGGCUUUAAGUGUACUGAACACAGCAAGAGCAGGAUAAUUGUGUCUGUGUUGCAGUAAGGGAUGCUGCUGGAUUUGGGAAAAGUGCUGGAAUUGACUUUGUUUUCAAGCUUGUAGCUAAAUUAACCACUACCUAUUUGGGACACCCAGCAAGUGCUCUGUGUUUGCCUGGUAACAGAAGUAUUUGGCUUUUCUCAAAGACGUUGAUCUGCAAAUAAUUGUCUGUUUAGGAAUUCCAGCAGAGCAGUGCCCGCGCUGACAGUCCCCUCUGUGCUCUGAGGGCAGAUGCGGUAAUUGGGAAAACACUUUCCUCUGUAACAGGGUCUGACACAUGUUCAGGAUACUGGCCCGUUUCUUCAACCCUCUACUCCUGAUAGGAUGUGUAGUGCAGCUUCAGAAGCGCUCUGCCUAUGCUCUUGCAGGUCUCCAGUCAGUCCCUCCUGUAGCUGACUUGCCAGCACUUAUGUAUCCCGUAACACUUUUGGCACUCUCGUCCUUGUGGUAGUAACCUUAUGAGCGCUGGUAAGUUGACUAUUCUUUUUUCCGUUCUGACAAAUACAAGGCAGAACGGGAGACAUCUGUUAAUGAUCGUGUGUCCAAGAUUAUUCUGUGCUGGAUAUU